UUUGGUAUAUAGCCAGCGCAUUUCGAAAGGCUCGAUUGAUUUUUUUUCGAAUUUUGGUAACUUAUUCGGGCCGUGUUCCGAUAUUGAUAGUGAGUACUGUAAGCCCUAUACCGAAGCACGUACUCGCGACUCGCAGUACUCACACUAGUGACAGUCAGUAUAUCGCAGCGAUACUUCUUCGUUGUUGGCUUUCUUCUGAAACGUGUUUGUGUCGAAGCAACUGCUGGCAAAAAAUCGUGUGUUUUUCAAUCAGUAUAUAUAAUCGUGUAUGAAUUUACCUCAUGCUUUUACGAUAAUUUUGCGACCGUUGCAGUGAAAUUUACAAGCGUAUUAUGUACGAUGGCAAAAAAACUGCAACGGUAGAUAAAAAACAAAAUACAAAAUUAUAUUAUUGCGGAUCGUCUUUUUUAUUGAGGGGAUCGGAGUUAUCGUGAUUUUUGAAUUGGAGCGAGCCAACCCGCCGUGCGAAUGAAACGUAGCUGAGAAAAUCGUCUUUUUCAUUGAGGGGGUCGGAGUUAUCGGGAUUUUUGAAUUAGAGCGAGAAGCCAACUCGCCAUGCGAAUAUAUGAAACGUAGCUGAGAAGAAAGUAUUAAUUGUUGUGUUUAUGUGGUUAUUGAAAAAAAAAAAAAAAAGAAAAGGCCUGCUGUGCCGAUGAGUUCAGAGCGAAGAAAUGGCUGAAACUAUACUGGUAAAUGUUUUAAACAAGAAAAUAUCCGUCGAUCAAUUAUUAAAAUGGUUGUCUGCUGAAAAUUCUGAGGAGACAAUUUUACCGGAAAUCGCACAAAAUGAAUAUACAAGGACAGCUUUUAUAUCUUAUUUUCUCAAUUACCUCCGAGAACAAUGCAAGAGCAUUCUGUUGGAGGUCAAGGAAACGCAGGAAAAACCAGUGAAAAAAAAACCUGGUAAAUUGAUAAUACCAAGUGAGCAAUUAGAAAAAGGAAAUUUACCUUCAACAUCAAGUUAUGUGAGCCAAAGGGAAUUUCCUGAUUACAAAUCACGUCAUACAGGACAAGCAAAUUUAGAGGUGAGAAGAGCCAGCCCCACCCUCUAUAGCAUGCAGCCAGCUCAUGGAGUUUCGGUGGUUUGUCUGGGUCCCAGGUUGCCAGGAGCUUCGUAUCUUCAACCUUCGACGCAAUCUGGGCAUUUCCCUCCAUUACCUUAUCAGUUGAACCCAACCAGUUCAUCAUCGACCAACAAUCCAACAUAUCAUUUCCCACCAGCGAUUAUUCAAGCUAACCAUUCCGGAAAUUUGUAUUUUCAAUCUCAUUCGUCAUCAGAGAAUUGGAACCAUGGCAAUAUUUCUAGAUAUCAAACCCAGCCAAUGAGCUCGCAACAGUUUUUAAACAAUUCUACAGUUGGCUUUGGUCCUGCAGGACCAAGUUCGUCUGACAUUAUUCCUAAUGUCAUUGGUUUCAAUCAACAACAAAUUCGAAUGACGGAUUUCAAUUCGUCCUCAGAGUUCGGAGGCCGUGGAAUUCAUGAGUCGAGUUUUCCAAACGCACCAAUGUCCCCGAGCUCCCCCGUUAGACAUGAUAAUUCCAUGGGAAAUAAUUCAAGCACGAUUAAUUCGUCGCCAGCACCAUUCAGCCCAGUUUCACCUCUGUACGCCAAUAAUUCCUCGAUUCUUUGUUCCUUAAAACACGAAAGGUCCCUUAACGCGUCGCAAGGCACGCACGAUGAUUCUUACUACAGUCCAAACGCCAGUAAAACAAGCACACCCGAAAGCGCCGGUGGCAGCGGACAGAAAAAUUCAAAAUCUCGACAAAAUAAAAACCUUUGUCUUGGGGACUUCAUGAAAUCCGAAAGCUCCAAUAAAUCGAAGAAACAGGCGAAAAUUAAUUCGACAAAACAGAUACAAAGCGGGGAAAAAACGCCGAAUGAUAACCCAAUGGACAACACUUACUUUUCUGACGACCGGCAGACGAAAAGUAUUGAUACCAAAUCGAAACGGAGAUCGAAGAAACAGUCGAAAAUCAAUUCGACAAAACAGAUACAAAGCGGGAAAAAUACGCCGGAUGAUAACCCAAUGGACGACACUCACUUUUCUGACGACCGGCAGACGAAAAGUAUUGAUACCAAAUCGACACGGAGAAUUAAACCCACGAGAUUGAACGUCUCCGGUGAUCAAGAAAAUCGAAAAAACGAAGUAUUUGGUGUGAUAAGUAGGCCAUCAGCAGUGAACCCAAAAUUCGUUGAGAUCCCAUCGAGUGAUAAAUUGCAACAGGAGUCGUCGUUCGAAGUUGAGAGAAGUUUGUUGAAGCUCGAAAGGCAAAGACAGCCGAAGAGCGAAGUUAAUCCGGAAAUAGCAAGCGUCGAAACGAGAUUGUUGAAUAAAACAAAGCCCGAACAGACGAUAGCUCCGGAUUCAGAUUUAGUGGAAAAUAUUGAGAUUCUCGACACACUUGCCUUAUUGUACAGUGGUAUUUUCGAUCGUAAUUUAAUGUCAAAUCCUAUGACCGAACUCUAUUUUGUAAUGACACUUUUGACAACUCAGUACAAAGCUGCACCGGUUAAAAAAUCGAGCGAAUUGCCUGUAGAUACGGAUAAAUCGUCGUCUGCUCAAACAUUGGAAACGUUGAAGGACGAUCUUGGCUGCAUGGAUUUAUCUGACGACAAUUAUGCGAGUGACUCCGAUUCAACAACCAGCGACAGAAAAUUAAAAGAAAAAUCUUCCACCGAGGACAAAAACGAGUUGUUGAAUGUUAUUCAUUCCAGAGAAGACAAGUCAAAGAAUGAGAAUAAAAAAUGUCCAGUCGAAUAUCUCAAUAAUGCACACAAUUGCGUUUAUUUCGCGUCUCUCGUUAUUUGGAACCAACGAUAUCUGUUGAGCGUUCUUGAUCGACCUACCUUGAAAUUACUCAGUGAAAAUCAACAAAUUAUCUGCUUUCGACCUGAACUCCAGGCUUAUUUGAAUGAAAUUUACAGCGUUAAAUGUUUGCAAUCGAGCCGUUUGAAACAAACCGAUUCGGGAACUUGUCAGACAAAUGUCUGUUUCCAAGUGGAUACGGAUAAUCGUGAAACUUUUCCAUCGUCGGUGGCAUUCAGUUUAUUCCGAAAGCAGCGUGAUUUGUUUUACGAUAUAUUGAAAGACUGGGAGGACAAUCAUUUGAAACCUGAUUGGUCGUUUCAAAGAGCUCUUAAGAACAAAAUAAAUUCUCUUCUGACUACACACACAGAUGCUGUUAAUUAUUGUCAUUUAGCUAAAUUAUUCAUUUCGCAGUUACUGGUUUCGUGCGGGCAAACAGGAAAAACGGAAGAUUUGAUGAACGACGAAAGUCUUAGUUUUUUGAAAUCUCUGAAACACGUAAACCCGGAAAAACUGUUGCAAUUGAAAGAACGACUGGUGACUCCAUUGACCUCGAUGGGCCCUGUGCCUCAACCGACGUUUCCCGGUGUUCAGGAAUUUUACAAAGAAUUCAUUCUCAACGCUCACAAUUGGAAGUUUUACGUUAUUUUGGAAAACACUUUUAUCAGUGAAAUAAUGGAACGCAACGAGACCCAAUUUGCACACAGCGAGAUCGAGAGUACAGGAACCACGGUAGAGGAAAACACGAAACAAGAUUUCAUCAGCUGUGUAUCCAAUUUAAGAUUGUUGGCUAAAUUUACCAGCUUUACCAUCUCUUUGCCCUUCAAAUCAGUCGCGAAUUCUCUGGAAUGGCGUCUUUCGCAAAUUCAACUGCGGGGACGUGUUGUUCCAUCGUUGGAUUUGCAAAAUUGUCUUCUGGAUGCCUUGGUGAACAGACGUUUAUCAUUAACUGUACCGUGGAUCGUUCAAUACAUGGCAAUGUUGGAUCCAGUGACGUUUCAAUUGCCUUAUUUCGUGAAUAUCGGUGAAAUACUGUACUGCAUUUACCGCGUUUCCAACUAUUUGGAUCGUUGUAACGAGUAUUUCACUACAUCACGACAAAUAUCGACGCUAAUGAUAUUCACUAUUGGAUGGUUGUUCGAAUUGCCGAAUUUUCCGCGGGAUCUGUACACCACUUGGCAAAGGAAUUAUGACACGAGAAGAAUUCGAAUUCUCGAUUGUUUGAGCCAACCUCGCAACAAGUUUAACACGAUUACGAAGGAUCAAGAAAAUUCAAAGGAGCAGCUCGUCAAAUGUAGUUCAGCACUCGACGACCUCGACAUCAUCGACGAUCGAGCUUUUUACGAGUGUUGUCCAUUUUUGACCGAAUUCAAAAUAUUAUUGACUUCCGGUAAUGCCGUUCUGAGCAACAGCAACGCAAAUCGUCACAUAACGCCAGUUUCGAGCCAACUCUCCGAACCGAGCUCUGGUAUUAAAACGAAAAAUCUUCAAAUGCAAAUCGAGGAAGCAUUUUGGCACGGCCAACCGAGCUCCGUAAGAAAAACUGUGGAUUUCAUCGUCGAGAAAGUCGCCUCGAGUUGCGUAAAGUACAUCUGCAACACGAUCAUACCGCUCCUGAAACAAAAAAACAUUCAGCAUUUCAUCAAGUCGAAAAAAAUCGAUAUCAAAGUAGAUUUCAUUCAGAAUCGGGAGGACGACCCCGAAGAUAAAACGCAAACACCGCCGAACACAUCGCCGAUCAAAGUUCGGAGGGAAGCACAUGUGGAGCGUCAAAUGAAACUUCUAGCAACAUCAAUGAAAGAAGACGGGAGACGUGAAUGUUCUGAGAAAUUGUCAGACUUGUGCGAACAUAAAAUAACAAAUUCGAUCGAAUCACUUCUCUCCGACGACAUGCCUCCUACCGUUAAAGAAACGUGCAUAACUAUUGCAAAAAGAACAGCCAUGGAACGUAUACAACAAUGGAUCGACGCUCACAUUGUCGAAUCGUUCUUUCUCAAAAACAUGAACGUUGAUUUAAAAAGGCUAGGGAAGGAGGGAGAUGGCGAACAAAUUCUCAGGGAAAGUCAGCACGACGAGAACGUUCCGUCACCAACAGAAGUUAUCGAAAUGAUAAGAAAUUUAAUGUGGGAGUUAUUGGAGAAACAGAAACGAUGGUCCGAAAUAUCGAUCGAUUAUGUGGCGAAAACGUUGAUGUAUUUGCAGCAAACAUUGACACGGCGGGCCGAUUUGAUCGACUAUGCAGAAAAAAAUCUUUACACGAUGAGUGUGGAGUACUGUUUGUUAUUGAUAACGCACAGACCAGAUUUAUUCACGGGAACAAUACUAGAGAAGUUUUUGAGUGCAUGGAAAAUGAACAGUUCUCGAGCUGGCGGAGGAGAGCCUUUAUUCGUGAGAUUGAUAAGUCCACGAAAUAUCCGAAUGCUUACCAUCACCUCGAAUUCAUCUGCCAUGAAAGCUUUUGCGCAAUUAUUGAAAGCCCUUUUGAGAGAAAAUCUCUUAAGCAUCGAAGCUUUGAGUGAUCAGUGCGUUGCUCUCUUCCGACAAGAUUGGCCAGAGCCGGUUUUGAAAUUAUUGUCACAGUGCCUAAAAGAUGUCGUAACGGACUACAAAUGUUCAGGUGCGCAAGCUGAAGGAAUUAAAUAUUUGCUGGAUUGGAUCGCUUCAACGUGUGACCAAAUGGAAAUUUACGACUGAAAAUUUAUAUUCUGUACAUAUGAUAAUGUUGAAUAAUUUAACAAUGCAAAUUGAACAAAUGAACGAUUUACGAUUUUUAUCUAUUGAACAUGCUAUUUUUAAACCUGGGGCAACAGAGUAUAAAAUGUAUAAAGUGAGAAUGGUUUCUUAAUAAAAUUAUUUCAUUCGA